AUGCUAGAGACCUCGGCUCGUUGCCGUGCUCGCGCUGUCGGCGUCAGAAGCUCCAUUGCGAGAUUUCACAGACCUACAAAAGGAUCAAACGACGAAGGUAGGCGAACAAGAAAGUCUCCAGGGAUUCAGGUAUUCUCACCUGACACGUACAAAUGCAGGAAAUCCGAGCUCCAGGCGGAGGUGCAGUCUCUGAGAAAUCAGCUGCAGCAGGCUGCAUUUUCAGAGUACCAUGAGCCUCCAGUGGACUUUUUGAGCCAUGGAACUUUGCGCAAUGGUGGCCAACUCCAGCUUGGCCUUGAGGAGAUCGAUGGCAGUCGCUCCUUCAGCACGGAAGUCGAUCAGUUCAUGUCUCCGCCUGAAAACUCUCAAAAGCAAUAUGCCAUCGAACAAGAGCAACAGUGCUCCUCCACACCGAAAACCGCCGAGGGCUCUUGGGCAAUUGGGGACUUGACGGUUGGACAAACAGAGAUGCAGGAUUGUUUCAAUCUCUUUCUACAAAACUACCUUCCUCAUCAGCCUGUAGUGGACGCAAAUUUGCGACCGCACGAAUGCUACAACGAAUCAACGCUGCUAUUCUGGACUAUCAUCUCAAUUGGUUCAAGAAGAUACGCCAAAGAUCCCACUCUGGUGAUAUUGCUUGCACCCAAAGUCAAGGAGCUGGUUGGAAAAGCUAUCCUGUCAACGGACGGGAGUCUCUGUACCAUACAAGCUUUCCUUCUCCUUUGCGCCUGGCCGUUGCCGUUCGACUCGCUCUCGCGCGAUUAUACACCGACUGUUGCUGGAGCGGUUUUAAGUAUUGCCAUGACCAAUGGUCUCCACGUGCUUGGGGUGGGGCAGGAUUUCUCACGCACGAAGCUUCCGGAUGACAGCAGGCGUACGCAACUUCGCACGAAGCUCUGGUCCAUUUGUAUCGCCACUUGUCAAAGGUGGAGUAUUGGGCCUUCCGCCAUGUUCAUGCUACUUUCACUAAUAAAAAGAUACUGCAGAAUCAGUGCGAUCAAUGGAACACCUCCGAUCUGGAUUCCUGAUACCUACGAUCGUCCUUCCAAUCGACAUGCCUAUGACUCAGUACCAGGCUCGGUACGAUUCCAGAAACGAUUGAACCAGUUACACACAGAAGCACUUUUCAAUGUCGAAACUCAAGCACUCCCGAGCCCAACAACCGAAAGAGACCUUCGCAUCGUUACUAUGAUCGAAGCUUGGCGACUAACGCGUUCCACUCUUGAGCACGAAUGUCCUACACUAGUCGGUAAGUCAGAAGUGGUCGGAAGGUGUGCAUACAAGUUAACAACUGCAGACCAAUUUGCAUUAACGGCAGCGACCUUGCAAAUUCAACAGUUCUAUCUAUUUCUGUCGAGAGGCCAGAUAGACGCAUUGAAGAUUCAAACGCUAUUUGCAACGUCUUGUAGUCUUGUCGAGCUAGCCAUGUCCCUCGACCAGGUCCAGCAAUUUUGUGACUACGCACCCUUAUUCCUCAUCAAACAUCUGCAUCUAGCAGCUGUACUGAUCAUGAGACUUGAAAGAAGUGUGGCUCGAGAGAGUCUAGAUGUGCCACGCGGGAAGAGGUGCUACUUUGGCAUUAUUCAAAUGCAUAAAAAGAUCUCGGUCCGCGCGGAUGAUUUCUGGGCAAGAUGUUCCAUCUGCUUCUCGCAAAUGUGGAUGAGCAGGAAAGCGUAUCGUAAGGUUGAUGGUACGACGGACACACUGAAACUGAGAUGCCACAGCAGAUUGGGGAUGAGUGUGCUUUAUGAAAGCUAUUGGUGGUGGAGAGCGGAGUUCACGGGAGAACCACUUCCAUUCAAGGACGAGGAUAUUGACGGUAAAUAUUCAGACUCUGCUCUUUCUUUAAACCCAGAUUAUUAUGUACCUUCGCUGACUUUCAUGACCAGAAGAGACCACAACAUCAAAUGGGGGAAUUGUAGACACUCCAGACACCGGGUCCGCAGCAAGCUUAAUGGAUGUGGGCUGGUUGCAAUUUCCCCUGAUCGAUUUCUCAUUGCCAUUCCUGGAAAACACAGUCACAGAUGA